AUGACUGAUGGUAGAGUAUUAAUUGGAGUGUUUCUCUGUACUGAUAGGGAUGCCAAUAUUAUUUUGGGUUCAUGCUCAGAAUAUCUACCACACAGUAUCAAUGGAAAGCCAGCAAAUGAAGAACCUAGAAUGUUGGGUCUAGUCAUGAUUCCUGGAAAACAUAUUGUGAGCAUACACAUUGAAAUGAACAAUGGUUAUAGUUCAACAUUAUAUAACCCUUUAAAUAAAAACAUUGAUGCUUUAGAUGUGAUGUAG